CCACCAAAUUCGGUCGUAGAAUUCCCCAUUAGCCUCCUCGGGAAUUUUAAUAAACAAACAAAGCUCCGCGUUAGCCACGAAGCCCGUUGACUGACGCCACCUUCUUAAAGUCUCCCUCUCUCCCUUAUUAUAAACCGAACCUCCCUCUCAUUUCCCAAGCUCAAAAUCUCAUCAAUCUCUUCCUCCCAAUUUCUUGAAGGAAAAACCCCACAAGAUCGAUCAGAAAUGCAAGAGGCGAUUCCUUACAAGACGUGGCUGCCCCACUACACCACGACCAAGCAGCCGCUGCUCAACAGCGACGUCCUCGCGGCGGAGGUGGUGUCGGAGAAUGCCAUCAUCGUCUUCGCCCGCCGGGGCUGCUGCAUGACCCACGUCCUCAAGCGGCUGCUCCUGUGCGUGGGAGUCAACCCGCCGGUGUUCGAGGUCGACGACGACAACGAGGCCCGGCGGGUGUUGAAGGAGCUGCGGACGGUGGCCGGGGAGGAGGUUCAGUUGCCGGCGGUGUUCAUUGGCGGGAAGUUGUUCGGAGGGUUGGACAGGGUUAUGGCCACUCAUAUCACCGGCGAAUUGGUUCCUAUUCUCAAACAGGCUGGAGCCUUGUGGCUUUGAUUAUUUCUCAGUUCUCUCCCUCCCCUUUUUCCAUUGACGUUGACUUUUGCCAAUCACCAAAUUAGGGUCUGCUGGCUGCUGCUGUAAAUUAACCUUCUGGUGAUUGAACAAAGAGAUGACUGAAUACAAUGGUUAUAUAUUGAGUGGAGAGAAAUAUCUUUUCGUUUGCUUUAUGAAACACCAUAUGUUCUGAAAUCAAAAAGAAAAAGCACAGCUGGCUGAAGGUGUACAAUUUCUUAGCCAAAAACAAAUCUCAUCACAUUUGGAUCAACGUUAUCUUCAGAAUUCUCUGUCAGAGUUCACAUCACCAUCAACCAACCACUAUCAUAUAUCAUCUGAAUCUAAAUACUAUGCGACCAAAUCCACCUGUCAACUCAAAUGCGUAGGAUAUCGAAAAUGAAAACAAGGAACAAUUUUUUUUUAGCAACAAGCUAUAAGGCUAGAUCACUAUGGACAGUAAUGUGAAUCUUACUCGAGGCAGUACAAUUUUCAUAUAACAGUGACCUUAGAAGAAAAACAAGGUAACCCAUCAUCAAAUUGUAUCUAACCAAGAACCGAAAUCAUCCAAAGCUGUAGACUUUGGGAUUGCUUGAGAGGAAGAAGAUCCAGUAUCCGGAGGCAACUGGUUCCUAUGGCUAGUCUGCUGCAAGGCAGUGGAUGUUUCUGCAAGCAAACUAUCAAGCAUGUCGUCUAUAUUUCCAUCAAUGGGUGACAUUUGCGAUGGAUAAGGCACACUCCUAGAUGCCUGUGGCAAAACUGCAGCCUCCUCAGUUGAGAUAGGAAGAGAAGUACCUGAUAUGGAGGCAGAAGGAGGAUCGUCAAGAUUGGUGUCAACAAAUGAGUCAAGAAGCUUGUCCAGCUCUGCUUCAGCAGCUGCUGCCUCGAAUGUGUCAAGUUCUUUUGUAGAGUCUGUGGUGGAAUUGUGAAUAAACUUGGAUUGGGACUCUAGAGAUACAAGGUGAUUGAACGUUUCACCCGCCAGUUCGCGUUCGAAUGGAGAUGAUGUUUCAGAUCCUUGACUGAAUAUUGGUCUAAAUCCUUCAUGGGCUGUAGAUUCCUCAGGUAUUGGGUCAGCAUCUUGAUUCACAAUCUCGACCGUCCUAGAUACGUCUCCAUGAGAUGCAUGCUCUGGCUUAGAUGUGCUUACUACACUUUCACUCCUUUGUGUUGAGGAGCCCUGAUUAUGGCUUGCCUGUGAUCCAUCAUCACACUGUGAAAAGUGAAAAAUUGUCCCAUGAAUAAGCAGAGGGGGGCAGACUGUCGAUUAGCAAUAAAACACAUGUAACAUAAAGACCAUGCUCUAGGCAACAGUCACACUGGGUGAAAAACAGGAACCAAACAACCCAUUAACUGCUUUACCCUGAGUUUGAACAUCCUUCACCAGUAAUCAGUCUGGAUGAUUUUGUGAAUCCACAAGUAUGUUGCAAAUGUCAAAAGCACGCUAGCUCAAAACGUCUUGCUAAUUGUGGCCCGAAUCUAGAUCAAAAGACGACUACAGCGCUAACUGAUAUGUGCUUUAAAUUAAAUAAAUUUGCAUUAGUUACUUUGUACGUAUUGCAUUAAAUUGGCCGUUCCUGUGACCAGUGUUUUGAAGAUUCCCAAAAUUCCAAAUUCUAAUAUAACACUCUGUCUGAUGAUCUUUGAAUAUCUCAAAUGCAUCUGAAUCUUUCUUGCUAUUAGUAGUCUCUUUGAUUCAUCCAAAUUUUCCUAUUGCAUUAUUAGUUACUCCAUCAAACACUUUCUUAAGCCUUAAACAUAAAAUAUGAAUGCUUACUCCAUCAAACACCUUAUUAAGCCUUAACAUAAGACAUGAAUCUACUUGCAACACUAAGAGCUAGUACUUGACGUUCACAUAGAUCUAACAGUAAAGACAAACUUCGAUAGACAAAAGCCAAAUGAAUGGAGUUCAAAUAAUGAUGAUAAGGAAUGUGACUUACCAAGUCUGCUGGUAAUAUAUCUGGUUCAAUGAAAAGCCUCUUCGAGA